AUGUCUACGGCUGACCAGAUUAUCGCACAAAUAUCGAGUUCCACUGGUCUUUGUGUCUCCCCGACAUGGCUUAGCACCUUCCUAGCUUCCUCCACCGCGCAGCGCAACAUCCCCGCCUCCGCACUCACCAAAACAGCUCUAUUUCGCGUUCUCGGUUCUGAUUUUCGUGAAUCGCUGGCCAGAAAUCCUUCCUCCUUGUUUCCCAUCGAUGUUUCUGACCCCAAAAUACAAGAAAGACGCCUCCCAGGUCCGAUCCCGGUACAAGUCCUCGAUAUCGAAGACAUAGGCACCAGUCUCUGGAGUCAGGUCGAAGCAAUUGAGCGUGUAGAGCGCGGUGAAGCAAUUCGAGGACGAGAAAUUGUGCGCACGGUUUCUGUGGGUGAGGAUGCUGAGGCAGCGGCGAACAAUGGAUCGGGGACAAAUCCUGCCGCGUCGGGGAGUAGUGGCUCUGGACCGCAUCGGCUGAUUCUUCAAGAUAUGGCCGGGACUAAGGUGGUGGCAAUUGAGAUGCAGCGCAUAGAUGCUGUUUCACUCGAGAAGCUGGCUAUUGGAGCGAAGUUCAUGCUGCGAGGUGUGACAGUUGCAAGGGGGAUGAUCCUCUUGGACUCUGAGUGCGCUACUUUGCUUGGUGGGAAAAUCGAGCUGUUAGAUAGGCCGUGGAAAGAAGGGCGAAAGUCGAGAUUGUUAGAGAGAAUCGCAUCUAUGGAGGGGUCGGACACCUAA